AUGAGGAGAGAUUCUUGGCAGAUGUUCAUUGGUCAGGAGUCCCAGAAAUCCUGGAUUGAAGGAGUGUUCAACAAGAGAGAAUGUAGCAAAAUCAUACCUAGCUCAAAAGACCCUCACAGAUGCACCGCAGGAUGCCAGGUCUGCCAGAAUUUAAUCAGGUGUUACUGUGGGCGAUUAAUUGGAGACCAUCAUGGGAUAGAUUUUUCCUGGACUAUCUCAGCUGCCAAUGGUAAUGAAAAUGAGCAAUGGUCUGUUGAAAAGCACACAACGAAAAGCCCUACAGAUACGUUUGGCACUAUUAAUUUUCAAGACGGAGAGCAUACCCACCACUCCAAGUAUAUUAGAACAUCUUAUGAUACAAAGGCAGAUCAUCUAUUACAUUUAAUGUUGAAAGAGUGGAAGAUGGAACUGCCCAAACUGGUGAUCUCUGUCCACGGGGGCAUCCAGAACUUCAGGAUGCCGUCUAAGCUUAAAGAGAUCUUCAGCCAAGGUUUGGUCAAAGCUGCGGAGACAACAGGAGCAUGGAUAAUAACUGAAGGCAUUAAUACUGGUGUGUCCAAACAUGUUGGGGAUGCCCUUAAAGCCCAUUCCUUCCGGUCCUUGAGAAAAAUCUGGACAGUUGGAAUCCCUCCUUGGGGUGUCAUUGAGAACCAGAGAGAUCUUAUUGGAAAAGAUGCGGUGUGCCUGUACCAGACUCUGGGCAACCCCCUCAGCAAGCUCACCACACUCAACAGCAUGCACUCCCACUUCAUCUUGUCCGAUGAUGGGACUGUGGGCAAGUAUGGAAAUGAGAUGAAUCUCAGGAGGAACCUGGAAAAGUACCUCUCUCUACAGAAAAUACAUAGCCGUUCAAGACAAGGCGUGCCCGUGGUGGGGCUGGUGGUAGAAGGAGGUCCCAAUGUCAUCCUCGCGGUGUGGGAGACUGUGAAAGACAACGACCCGGUGGUGGUGUGUGAAGGCACAGGCAGGGCGGCCGACCUCCUGGCCUUCACCCACAAACAUUUAGCAGACGAAGGGACCCUACGUCCUCAGGUGAAGGAGGAGAUCAUCUGCAUGAUUCAGAGCACUUUCAACUUUAGUCUUAAGCAGUCCAAGCACCUUUUUCAAAUUCUCAUGGAGUGUAUGGUGCACAGGGAUUCUAUGACCAUAUUUGAUGCUGAUUCUGAGGAGUCACCAGACCUUGAUUUAGUAAUCCUAACAGCUCUGCUAAAAGGCACAAAUUUAGCAGCAUCAGAACAAUUAAAUCUGGCAAUGGCUUGGGACAGAAUGGACAUUGCCAAGAAACAUAUCCUAACUUAUGGACAACAUUGGAAGCCUGGCACACUGGAGCAAGCAAUGUUAGAUGCUUUGGUGAUGGAUCGAGUGGAUUUUGUGAAGCUCCUAAUAGAAUAUGGAGUGAACCUCCAUCGCUUUCUUACCAUCCCCCGACUGGAAGAGCUCUAUAAUACAAAACAAGGACCCACCAAUAUGCUCUUGCAUCAUCUCGUCCGAGAUGUAAAGCAGCAUGCCCUUCUCUCAGGCUACAGAAUAACACUGAUCGACAUUGGAUUGGUCAUCGAAUACCUCAUUGGUGGAGCUUAUCGCAGCAGCUACACUAGAAAAAGUUUCAGAGCCCUCUACAACAACCUCUACAGAAAACGUAAGGUGCCACAAUUGCAAGUGACCAGUUUUGCUGAAAGCCGUUCCCAGCCCCCUCUGCACCGAAGACGUCCCUCAGGAAAUAGAAAGGAAUCCGCAGAAAGCACUCUGCACUCCCAGUUCAUUAGAACCGCCCAGCCUUACAAAUUCAAGGAAAAGUCUGUAGUCCUUCAUAAAUCAAGGAAGAAGUCAAAAGAAGAGCAAAAUAUAUCAGAUGACCCUGAGUCUACUGGCUUUAUUUACCCUUACAAUGACCUAUUGGUUUGGGCUGUGCUAAUGAAAAGACAGAAGAUGGCCAUGUUCUUCUGGCAGCAUGGAGAGGAGGCCACGGUCAAGGCAGUGAUUGCUUGUAAACUCUACCGAGCCAUGGCCCAUGAAGCUAAGGAGAGCAACAUGGUGGAUGAUGCCUCAGAAGAGUUGAAAAAUUACUCAAAACAGUUUGGCCAGCUUGCCCUGGAUGUGUUGGAGAAGGCAUUCAAGCAGAAUGAAAGAAUGGCCAUGAAACUGCUGACCUACGAACUCAAGAACUGGAGCGAUUCCACCUGUCUGAAACUGGCCGUGUCUGGAAGGUUGCGGCCCUUCGUUUCACAUACUUGCACCCAGAUGCUGCUGACAGACAUGUGGACUGGGCGCCUGAAAAUGAGGAAACAUGCUUGGCUAAAGAUCAUCAUAAGUAUUCUUUUUCCACCCACCAUUUUGUCAUUGGAAUUUAAAAGCAAAGCAGAGAUGUCACAUGUUCCCCAAUCCCAGGACUUCCAGUUUGCGUGGUAUUAUGGUGACCAGAACGCCAGCAAUGCCAAAGAAAGUGCUUAUACGAAAGACCGUGAUUUGGAGAGAGGCCCUGAUGAGAAACUAGAUGAAAAUCAGCACUUUGAUUUAAAGAGUGGUCCCCAAAGCCUCCCAUGGACCAGGAAAAUCUAUGAGUUCUACAAUGCUCCAAUUGUCAAGUUUUGGUUUUAUACGAUGGCAUAUUUGGCAUUCCUCAUGCUGUUCACUUACACUGUGUUGGUGGAGAUGCAGCCCCAGCCCAGCGUGCAAGAGUGGCUUGUUAUCAUUUAUAUCUUCACCAAUGCCAUUGAGAAGGUCAGGGAGGUCUGUAUUUCAGAACCUGGGAAGUUUACUCAAAAGGUGAAGGUAUGGAUUAGUGAGUACUGGAACCUAAUAGAAACUGUGGCUAUUGGCCUGUUUUCAGUUGGUUUUGGCCUUCGGUGGGGCGACCCUCCUUUGCACACAGCGGGAAGACUAAUCUACUGCAUAGACAUCAUAUUCUGGUUCUCACGGCUCCUGGACUUCUUUGCCGUGAAUCAACACGUAGGUCCAUAUGUGACCAUGAUUGCAAAAAUGACCGCAAACAUGUUCUACAUUGUGAUCAUGAUGGCCAUCGUCCUGCUGAGCUUUGGAGUGGCACGCAAGGCCAUUCUUUCACCAAAGCAACUGCCAUCUUGGAGCCUUGCUCGAGAUAUUGUAUUUGAGCCAUACUGGAUGAUAUAUGGAGAAGUCUAUGCUUCAGAUAUAGAUGUUUGUGCAAGCCAUCCGUCUUGCCCUCCUGGUUCUUUUCUUACUCCGUUCCUCCAAGCUGUCUACCUCUUCGUGCAGUAUAUCAUCAUGGUGAACCUGUUGAUUGCUUUUUUCAAUAAUGUUUACGUGGAUAUGAAAUCCAUUUCCAAUAAACUAUGGAAGUACAAUCGCUAUCGCUACAUCAUGACUUAUCACAAGAAGCCUUGGCUGCCACCACCUUUCAUCCUGCUGAGCCAUGUGGGACUCCUCCUUCGCCGUCUUUGCCAUCAUCGAGCUCCAAACGACCAAGACGAGGGUGAUGUUGGAUUAAAACUCUACCUGAGUGAUGAGGAUCUGAAGAGACUUCAUGACUUUGAAGAACAGUGUGUGGAAAUAUACUUCCACGAGAAGAUGGAAAGACUGAAUUACAGCUGUGAGGAACGAAUCCGAGUAACAUCAGAAAGGGUUACAGAGAUGUACUUCCAGCUGAAAGAAAUGAACGAAAAAGUGUCUUUUAUAAAGGACUCCUUACUGUCCUUGGACAGCCAAGUGGGGCACCUGCAGGACCUCUCUGCCCUAACGGUGGAUACCCUAAAAGUCCUUUCUGCUGUUGACACCUUACAAGAGGAUGAGGCUCUCCUGGCCAACAGAAAGCAUUCUACUUGCAGAAAACUUCCCCACAGCUGGAGCAAUGUCAUCUGUGCAGGGGUUCUAGGCAGCAUGGAGAUCUCUGGGGAGAAGAAAUAUCAGUAUUAUAGCAUGCCUCCUUCUUUGCUGCGGAGCCUGGCCAGAGGUCAGCAUACCCUGAGAGUACAGAGGGGACCCCUUCUUGAGAUUACAGACAUUCAGAGAAAGGCUUCAAAUAUAAGAGAUGAGCAGGAAAAGCAAGACACAGAAACUAGUGUAGUUGCUUCUGGAGUGUCCCUUUACACACAAACACACCCAAAGCAUGGCCAGUUUCUUCUGGUCCCCUCUUAUCUAAAGCAAGUUCCUUUUUCUGAGGAAAUUGACUUGCCCCUGUUCAGACCAUCUAUGGAAGCAGGUAUAGAUGUGAUGGCAACUGAACAGGUCGCCCAGAAUGAGGUCCCUGUUCAUCUGACUUGGCAGACCCCAGGUAUCUCAGCUCAGGGCUCAGUGGCUGAACCCAAGGAACAGUACGAGUCAAUUGCUCACACACCAGCCAGAGAAGACAAGGGGGAGCAAGUUCCAGCCACUUUGAUUUGCACACCAGCACCCACGCAAGUGACCUCCCUCCCUUCUCAAGCCGAAAGCAUGCAAGUUGGAGGUGGAUAUGUGAACUGGGCAUUUUCAGAAGGUGAUGAAACUGGUGUGUUUAGCAUCAAGAAAAAAUGGCAAACCUGCCUGGCCUCCACUUGUAGCGGUGAGGAGAAUGACCAAUGCCAGAAGCAGAUCCGGGUCAGAUCCCUGUCUGAUAACUCAUCAAGCUUGGCCCAGAGUAGCGAUUGCUCAGAAGUGGGACCAUGGCUGCCGCCAAACACAUCCUUUUGGAUCAAUCCUUUCCGCAGAGAUAGGCCCUUCACUCGGAGUCAUAGUUUGAGAUUCCACAAGGAGGAGAAACUGAAGAUCUGUAGGAUUAAAAAUCUUUCAAGAUCCUCAGAGAUCAGGCAGUCAGCAUGGAUCAGGACAAAAAUGCUAAUCAAGGAUAGGAGGUUGUCAAAGAAAAAGAAGAAAACACAAGGGCUACAGGUGCCAGUCAUAAUGGUCGAUACCUGCUCCCCAAACGACCAGUUGAAUUCCGAGCCAGGAGAAAGUAACAUCUCAGAAGAAGAGGAGUACAGCAAGAACUGGCUUACGGUGUCCAAAUAUAGUCCAAAUAUAAGUCUAGAACCCCCUAUAUAUCAGAAAAUGAAAACUAAAGAAAUUGAACGGCAUGCUGUACAAGUCAGUGAUUAUCUAAAGCAGUCUCAAGAGGAUCUGAGCAAAAACUCCUUGUGGAACUCCAGGAGCACCAGCUUCAAUAGGAACUCCCUGUUGAGAAGUUCAAAUGGAGUUGACAAGAUCUCAGCCUCCUUAAAAAGCCCUCAAGAGCCUCACCAUCAUUAUUCAGCCAUUGAAAGGAAUAAUUUAAUGAGGCUUUCUCAGACUAUACCAUUUACACCAAUCCAACUGUUUGCAGGAGAAGAGGUAACUGUCUACAGGCUGGAGGAGAGUUCCCCUUUGAAUCUUGGGAAAAGCAUGUCUUCUUGGUCCCAGCGAGGGAGAGCCGCAAUGAUCCAGGUGCUGUCCCGAGAGGAGAUGGGCGGCGGGCUCCGCAAAGCCAUGAGGGUCGUCAGCACCUGGUCCGAGGAUGAUGUUCUCCGGCCAGGGCAGGUUUUCAUCGUGAAGUCCUUUCUACCUGAGGUUGUGCGGUCAUGGCACAGAAUCUUCCAGGAGAGUACUGUGCUUCAUCUUUGCCUCAGGGAAAUUCAACAACAAAGAGCUGCUCAAAAGCUUAUCUAUACUUUCAACCAAGUGAAACCACAAACCAUUCCCUACACGCCAAGGUUUCUGGAAGUUUUCUUAAUCUACUGCCAUUCGGCUAACCAGUGGUUGACCAUUGAGAAGUAUAUGACGGGAGAGUUCCGGAAGUACAACAAUAACAAUGGUGAUGAAAUUGCCCCCAGCAACACCUUGGAGGAGCUGUUGUUGGCUUUCUCUCACUGGACCUAUGAGUAUACCCGGGGAGAGCUGCUGGUUUUAGAUCUGCAAGGUGUUGGGGAAAAUUUGACUGAUCCAUCUGUUAUAAAACCUGAAGACAAACAAUCAAGAGGAAUGGUGUUUGGACCAGCCAAUUUAGGGGAAGAUGCAAUUAGAAACUUCAUUGCAAAACAUCGUUGCAACUCCUGCUGCCGGAAGCUCAAACUCCCGGAUUUAAAAAGAAAUGACUAUUCCCCUGGAAGGCUAAAUUCCACUUUGGGACUUGAUACCCAAAUAGAACCCGCCGAGGGGCCUCCGGCGAGGGAAGGGGGUGGCAAUUCUCCAGAAGACCUCACACGACUGUGA